CGAAUUGUCAAACGUCAAAGUUACAGCGAACGCAAAAAGAAGCAGCACCAGCAGCAGCAGCGGCAGUAACUUUUGAUUAUUGCCGCUCUCUCUUCCAGGAAGUAGCAGAAUUAAAGCUGUGUAGAAGAUUCUCUGGUAGAAGUGUGUCUCGAGUUGAUUGAAUGUAAAAUUUUAUUGCAGAAGGCAUUUGAAAAAGCGGAUAGUGUGAUGAUUUAGUUAAAAGAAGAAAAAACACACUUCUAAGUUCAAUUAAAAUUUGAACAUUUGGAUACGGUGAAUAGUGAUUUGUAUAAAGUGAAAAGCUGAGGAAAAUUCGCUGCCUUCGUUCUCCAUCAAGUCUCCCUAUUGGUGGUGCAAAUUACAAGCGAUUUUGGUGUACCAAAAAAGUAGAGCUAAGUAGAAGAAGAAAACGGAACAGUAAAGGAAAUUUUUUAAUUCAUUUGUAGAAAAAGUACGGUUAAAAUUGUAAAAGUGAUCGAAAAAUAUAUAAGAAGGACGAAUUGGUAAAAGUCGCUGAAGAGUAGGCAAAAAGUAGGACUAAGCUCCGCAUUAAUUGCCGGAGUAGUGAAAAGAAAAAAAUUAUUCACCGCCACUCCAUAACCCGAAUACGAAACAAUUGAAAAUUAUAGGAGGUGGAAAUAUACAUAUAGAUACAUCAGCAAAAAUAAACGAGCAUAGAAGAAAGGAAAGUAUUUGCACAGCAGCGACAAAAAAAAUCCUUAAUACCUAAAACUGAAUUUUAAAAUAAAGCACAAAUAGUGGAAAGCACAAAUCUUCGUUUAAAAUAGCAUUGGUUGCGGCCACUUCAAGUUGCAGCCUAUAAGCAGAGGAGACAAAACCGCACCCUUAAUUCACCCUUCUAACAUCGUCAGUUGAGAAAAUAUAUAGUUUAAAUUAUAUAUUCAUUAUACAUGCAUCUAGGAGCUCCGAAACAUAACCAAUUCGAAAGCUAACCAAUUCUUCUGCAGUAACGUCAACAGCAAGACCAUCGAAAUGAAUGAAUUAGAUAGCUUAAGACAAGAAGCCGAAUCUCUUAAAAAUGCCAUACGAGAUGCACGAAAGGCUGCAUGUGACACAAGUUUGGUGCAAGCCGCAGCAUCUUUGGAACCAAUAGGUCGCAUUCAGAUGCGCACUCGCCGUACUCUUCGAGGUCAUUUGGCAAAAAUCUAUGCAAUGCAUUGGGGUAGCGACUCGCGUAAUUUGGUGUCGGCCUCACAAGACGGAAAAUUGAUCGUAUGGGAUUCACACACCACCAAUAAGGUGCACGCUAUACCAUUGCGGUCCUCAUGGGUGAUGACGUGCGCUUAUGCGCCUUCGGGUAGUUACGUCGCCUGUGGAGGCCUUGACAACAUGUGUUCAAUCUACAACUUGAAGACGCGCGAAGGCAAUGUGCGCGUCUCGCGUGAGCUGCCUGGCCACGGUGGCUACCUGUCAUGCUGUCGCUUUCUGGAUGAUAAUCAGAUUGUUACCAGCUCCGGCGAUAUGACCUGUGGUCUGUGGGAUAUCGAGACAGGUCAACAGGUAACCUCUUUCUUGGGCCAUACAGGUGACGUAAUGGCGUUAUCUUUAGCGCCAGGGUGCAAAACAUUUGUAUCAGGUGCUUGUGAUGCCUCGGCCAAGUUAUGGGAUAUUCGUGAAGGUGUAUGUAAACAAACUUUUCCGGGCCACGAGUCUGAUAUCAAUGCGGUGACUUUCUUCCCUAAUGGACAAGCAUUUGCAACAGGUUCUGACGAUGCCACGUGCCGCCUUUUCGAUAUUCGCGCCGACCAGGAACUGGCCAUGUAUUCGCACGACAACAUUAUCUGCGGUAUCACAUCAGUAGCGUUCUCAAAGAGUGGACGUCUGCUUUUGGCCGGCUACGAUGAUUUUAAUUGCAAUGUUUGGGAUACAAUGAAAGCAGAACGGUCCGGUAUUUUGGCAGGCCAUGAUAAUCGGGUCUCAUGUCUAGGGGUGACCGAAAAUGGCAUGGCCGUUGCAACAGGUUCAUGGGACUCGUUUUUGCGUGUGUGGAAUUAAAGUGUUGGCGACUGUGCGUUACCAAGCCAAUAGUGGAUGUGAUGCGGAUACAAGUGUGGAAGAAGUGGGAUACGGAGGAGUGAAAAGAAAAUAGUAUUCUUGUUGACUUACGGUAUUAAUGGCAGGCGCUUUCCCAACUCACCGAGAGAUCAUACAACCAAAUCCAUCAAAAAUGGCCACUUCCACGCUCCUAGUCCUCAUUAUGCUCCAUUUUGCGGCAGUAAAUUUAGAUUUUUACAUAUAAUACACAAAAAAAUCCAACUAGUAAACACGCAUACACAAACAAUUUAACACUCGAACAAUCGAACACCCGGGAAAAGGGACAUCGGGACACUGGACAUAAGACGGAAGCAUAUGCUGACACACAUAACCGAUUUAUAUACAAGCUUACAUUAAACAAAUUAUUUAUAUAAAAUAUAUACAUACAUAAAACAUAUAAGUUAAAAGUAAAGUCAAAGUGAAAAAACCAGACGGAUAAAAAAUUAAAAAAAAAUAAUAAAGUGAAAAAACAAAGCCACUAAGCAAAAGUAUGCAAGCAAAAUAAAAGAAUAUUAAAAUUAUGAUUAUGAUGAAACAGUAAAAAAUGCUGAGGCACAGAGAAAAAACAUAGCACAAAAGGCAUUAAAAAGCUAAGGCUUUAACAAAGUUUAAGUCGCAGCGAAAUCUGUUGAAAACGCAUUUACAAAACCACAGCAAGAAAUUUAAAUCGAAAUGAUACAAGCGAAAGGCGUUAUAGAAGUAAAAACUAAAACAUAAGGAGCAAAGAAUACUUGAAAUGAAACCCAAUAAGAUUUAUAAAUUUUUCUUAUUAAUUUUAAGCCCUAAUUUAUAUACAACUCAAAAUUAAAAAAGAAAGAAAAUUUAAAAAAGUAAACGAAUAAAUUUUAUAUAUGGCCAUAUAAGCUAUACAGCAGCAACAGCAAAAAUCAUACUUACGUACAUAAUACAGCAAAAAAAAAAAACGAGAUAAAAAAGAAUAGGAUGAAAACUAAAUUUAACAUAAUGAUCGUAAACUAAUUUGUAUAUUAAAGUAUUUAAAAGGUAAACAACAUUAGCAGCGGUAUCAGCAGUAGAAAUAUAACAUUGAUCACACCGCUAGCGAUAAUAAACAUAAUAAACUACGUCACGUCACUACGUGCAUAGGAGAAAUCUAUGUUUCAAGUAUUAGAACAAUUGGAAUACAAGAUCACUAAAGAGAAAUUGAAAAUCAUAACCAAUACAAAAAUUAUAGCAGCAAGAAAAGUAAGAUUAAAUUUAAUGAUUUGGUAAACAGACGACAGGUACAUGUAAUCACACAUUGCACAUGUAAAUGCAUAAAUACCGCUUACAUUUUCGUUACAACAGUGCGGGGAAUGUUUAUUAAAAUAAUAUGUUGACCAAUGGAGUACAUAAUUUAAUAAAGUUAAAAAGAAAGAAAACAACUUUAAUAGGUUUGAGUUGUGGGAAACCUAGAAAGGAGUAUAAUGGAAAUGUAUUGUCACUUAAAUAUGACUAUUUUUUUUAGGUAUUUUAGGCUUGCUGUGAUUUGUAAAUGUAAAAGUUUGCAGAAACGGCAUAAUAUGCUAAAACGAAGAUAUACAUUAAACAUGCGAAAUCGAAUUGACAAAUAACACCUCAUGGUUGCAUGUAAAUACCGUAACGUUACCAUAAUAUUAGUAGAAAGUUAGGAAUUCACAUUAAAUAUCUACAAGAUAAGAAAUAUUUUCAAUGUCUUUUCAAAGUGUUUAGUCCGAGUACAUGUGCUGAUAUGCUUUGAUGUUGAUGUCACGCAUCGUUACACUGAACUAUCAACAAAGUUGCGAAACUUGGUGCGAACUCUACUGCAUUUUAUAACUAUUAUCACUUCCUUGCCACAAGGGUACUUAUUUCGCACAACACAGAGGGUGUACUAAUAGACGUGCCCGCAUUCAAAUAUGAUUACUUGUCAUACGAUUUAUAUUAAAAAUGUAUUUUGUGAUUUUCGUUUGUACGCUAUGCGACUUGAUUUGGAUCAUAUAAAAAAUGCUUGGCCUCAGCUCAAUCUUACAUAUUCAGCUUUGAAUCAAAAUCAAAUAAAAUACACAAAUUGUAUAGACUUUGUGGCAUAAAGCAAAAUUUUUAAUUAUUUUCCGACUGCCCUUAAAGUAACACCUACUCAAAUUUUGCAGACGCACACGUAACACGAGUAACUAUGAAAAAUGUACAACCAAAACGCACACAUUCAAUUUUAUGCUACCUAAUGCUAAUUAGUUAAGAAAAACAUACCUAUGAGUUUCAACUGGUUGCAAUUGCAUAUUAUUUAUAUUUUAUAGUAUACGUACGCUGGUAUAGUAUAUACUUAUAUACAUACAUAUACACCUAACAUACAUAUAAUAAAUUUAAUUUUAUUUGUUUAAUGUAUGUAAAGAUAAAAUUAUGUUUACAAAUACUGAGUCACGAAGCAUCUCUGUAUAUCAAAUCAUACGUGGGUUCAGAAUUGUUGGCGAUAACAAAAUCAAACCUGCAGAAGCAGAAGCGGAAGCCUAAGAUUAUAAAAUUAUAUUUUAUUUAACCUGAUUUUUGCAUUCUUGUAUAAUAAUUGGGAUGAAAUUCUCAAUUAUGGUUUCAUGUAUGUUAAUUGUUUUUCUUGUUUUAUAAUUUAAAUUUAUUAUUAUACUGUAUUAAAUUGAGCUUUAAACACUUGUAAACGUAUUUAUUUUUUGUUUUGUGUGCUUUAGAAGAUUUGAAUGAGCACGUUAACAGUAGGGUAAAACUCGAUCCCUAAUUUAUAUAUGAAGAACGACUAACUGCAUUUAAUGUAACCUUUUGCAUUGCGUUGUGCGUAUUUACAGGAUCUCUGAAGUACCGCACAGACAAUUCAUGUUUAAUUUUUUAAACUUUAAUUGACCUAUCCCCGUACUGGAUUCCAACUGUACCCAUUUAAUGCCGCAAACCUGCCGUGGACUUAACUCUAAUAUUCAAUUAUCAUUUCAAGUCUUAUGAACAAAUUAAUAAAAUAUAUUAUAUUUCAAGAGUUUGACACAAGCUUUCCUUCAA